AUGAGUUUAAGACAAUAAACAUUAACUCAAUCCUUGGUUCCAGCUACUAAUGAAGUAAGAAAAGCUCCACAAACUAGAACAAGAGGAGGAGCUAAAAAAGAAAUAGAGCUUGCUACUCCAAUUACUGAAUUUGUCAAAGGAAAGGAAACAAGAAAAAAAAAAUUAAAUGGUAAAAACUCUAAAAUUGAUGAUUAUUAUGAUAUCCAUGGAAAUGACAAAACCUUUAUCUCGCAUGAUAUUGAUAAUGAAAAAGAUCAUAACCAAUCAAGCAUAUCAACUGCCUCAACAAAUACAACAAUAGAUUAUGAAAGAAUUAAUCAUUUAAAGAGUAUCAAAUUAGCUUCUGAUUUUAGUUAAAUUCCUUCUGGAAACACUAUAACUAUUGGAGGAAAUUCUAAUAUUAUGUAAGUCGAAGAUAAGCCUUUGCAAAUAGAUAUUUAAGCAAAUUAAAAACCUGCUAUCGACUUUAAACAAUUUUUAGAUGAGUAACAAAAGCAAAAACUCAAAAAAGAAGAAGAAUUGGAGUAAUAAAAAUAACAACAGCAGUAAAAAAAUGCUAAACUACUCUAAAAUUUUGAGAAUUUAAAAAAGAAAUCUGCAUUGUCUAAUAGCACUACAGAUUUAAUAUCAAAAAUUUUAAACAAAAAUAAAACUUAAUAAGACAAACCCGAUAAUAUUUAAAAUUUCAAUAAUCUUUCUUCUGCCAAAAAGAUUGAUUUGAUUGAAGAAAAGCUUCUUUCAACACUUAAAAUGAAUUCUUCUGUUGAAAAGGAUUCAAGCAAAAUAAUGGAUGCUGCUGAUUAAAUUUAAAAAUUAAAUCAAAAAGUUGAGCAAUCCAAUAAAAUGAUUGAUGAAAAAGAAGAAAUAUUUGAACUUCAAACAUAAAAGUUGAAUUAAGUUGAUUCAGAAAUUGAAAUUACUAAAUAAGAAGAUAAAGCUGAAAGUAAAUUUGAAUAAAUUUUAUAGACAGUUUAAAAUAAUGAAAAAGCUCAGAAAAUUCUUGCUGGACCAUCAAUAAAGCAAAGAUAUGAGGAUUUAUUGAAAGGUGAUCAACAAGAAUUUGCCUUACCCUACAAAUACAAGGUGCUUUUAGAAACUUUUUCAAAGUUUGAUGAGUGUAUAUAAUUCUUUAAAGAUAGAAACAAACCAACUUUAUUCAAAGAUCUUAAAUUUAAUCUGGAACAAACUAUGCGUGCCACUAUCUCCCUUAAACAGAUUUAGUAAAUUAUUCACUUGUACCCCUAAGCUUACUAGUUAAAGUGGGUCUAAAAUAAAUAAGCUCAUGAAUAAUUGGAUUUAUUAGUUAAUUCUGCCUGUGAUGAAAACGAUAACAGAGUUGUUUUAACUAAAGCAGAUCGUUUAUAAAAACUUAGAAAUUUACUUGUUGAAAAGGUUAAAUAUUUCCAUAACUUGUACCUCAAAUCUCAAGCUAGAGAGCAUUUAGAGCAAGAGUUGUUAGAUAACUUUAGAUGGCAUGAUGAUUUCAAGUUAUAAGAUGUCCCCAAUUUAGAAGAAUAGGCUCUACCAUUGAAACCUUUCGAAAUUAAAGUUGAACCUCUAAAAGAAACUUUGGAAAAGAAUUAAGUAAAAAACGAUAUAUUGGCUCGCUUAAUGAAAUCAAAGGCUGAAGAAUAAGAAGAAAAAGAAAAACAAAGAAAAGAGCUUAUUGAAAAGAGUCUUUAUAUUUCCACAAAAGAAAAUAAGACAGGCUUGAGUGAUCGUCUUUACCAGCUUAUCAAGGCUAAAGAAGAAAAAAUUAAUGAGGAAAAACUUAGAUAAUCUUUAUCUAAAGGAACUGAAAUGCAGAGAAGAAUUCCUGAAAUCAAAAAAGUUGUUGAAAUUAUAAUGGUUUAUUACAUCUAACGUAAAGUAUCAAACAUGUUUUAUGCCUCUAUUGUUGAUUAUCUCACUUAAUCAAGCAACAUCAUCAUAUCUAAAAGUUCUGCAAUAGAAAUGAUUGAUUAUCUCAUAUAAAACUGCCCCUUCUGGAUAACUCUCAUCCCAAAUAAAUAAGGAAGCAUUAUUAGAAUUGACAAGAGUGUUGCCCUUUCUAAAAUCCUGGCAGAAAUUGAAAAAAUUGAAAGCUGA